AUGUCAAAAUUUAUCCGAUUCGUUGAUUCUACUACUGAAGACUCCUUUGCAUCGAAGGGCGCUCUCUGUGCGGUUCUCGAUCGAGGAAAAGAUUUGAUAAUCGUCGUGACAACUCAUAUGGACGCAGGUGACGACGCGAAUGUGAAAGUGCAUCAGCUGCGUGAUGCGCUCCAUCUCUAUGAGCGAGUCAGGAAAGCCGCCGUUGAGGGUGAGAAAACGGGUAGAAGGAGAGAAAUAGUAGCCGCUUUUCUAACCGGUGAUUUCAACAUUGACGGCACCGAAAGGGAACACAACUCGGCAGGUCCCGAGGGGGAGUCACUGUAUGCCCUGGCUCGGGUGCAGAUGCAGGAGGCAGGCUUCAGCGACGUCUGGGCUGAAUUCGCCCGUCAGGCUGGGUAUGGAAGACCACAGUCAUUUGUUGGCGACUGGAGUGAUCUCCGUAACUCCAUCGUCGCCUUGUACGGCGCUACCAACGAUGAGAGUAUCCCGUCUUUUCCCACACGACUUGAUUACAUCUGGGCAACUCGUGUGAGCGGUGCGAUCCAACUCGAGGUCCCACCGGGCCAACAGCAGAUGACGGGAAACACUCAAGUGGAAGAAUUUUUUGUUGGAUUCUGA